CCACUUGACCUUUCAUCAGCCGGUGUUUGUAUUUAACUGAUGCAGGGACAACAGAUCACCCGUUGUAGGUGUCCAGUGUUGACAUGACAGGCCCUUGUAUUUCUUCCCAGCCAUGUACAGGAGACGUAAGCUCAGCACUCUUGAGCACAAGAAAGACCUUGCCAUCCCUGGAUCUGCAUUGCCUGCACCUCAUAAUGGCAUGAGAAGUUUCUUCAACUUGUCCCAGCUUGUACUUUCUGCUGGCCAUCUAAGACCACUGCCAGUCCUUAGACAUUCAAAAAUCACUUACGUUGAAGUGGAGAUUCUUGAUGCCCACAGCAAGAAGCAGAUCUGUGUAGUGGAUAAGAUGCCACCAUCGUCAACACUUCUUGAUGUAAAACAUAAGUUUCAUAAAAUAUGUCCACAAUGGUACCCAUCUCGGAUAGGCCUGCGACUAGAACGCAAUGGACCCUAUUUAAAAGACUCUGUUAACGUAAAGAGUCUUGCAGCAUCUUCUAUCAUUACACUGUAUUUCACAGACAUGGGACAGCAAGUCAGCUGGACAACAGUUUUCCUAACUGAAUAUACAGGUCCUCUUCUAAUCUAUUUGCUGUUUUAUCUUCGUCUCUCAAGUAUUUACGAUGCAAAAGAAAGUGCAAGAAGUUUACGCCAUCCUGUGGUUCAUUUGGCCUGCAUCUGUCACAGUUUACAUUAUAUCAGGCAUCUUCUGGAGACCCUCUUUGUGCACAAGAUUUCAGAAGGACAUACACCCCUGAAAAAUAUGAUCAAGGGCUGUGCUUUUUACUGGGGAUUUACUUCUUGGUUUGCUUACUACAUCAACCACCCACAGUAUACUCCUCCAUCAUUUGGAAACAAGCAAGUUGCUUUGGCUACCUUUGGGUUUCUGGUAUGUGAAGCUGGGAACCAUUUUAUCAAUGUGGCUUUGGUUCAUCAAAAUCAGUCAGGAAAUAAAGUAUCUUUUCCAAGUCCAACACUCAAUCCUUUCACAUGGAUUUUUACAUUCGUUUCCUGUCCAAAUUAUACAUAUGAGAUUGGCUCUUGGUUGAGCUUUACAGUGAUGACACAGACUCUGCCAGUUGGUGUUUUUGCGCUACUAAUGUCAAUACAGAUGGCACAGUGGGCUCGAAAGAAGCACCAACUCUACCUGAAGAGAUCUAUUACACAUUGGUGGAGAAAAGCUAUGAUUCCCUUUAUAUUAUGAAUGUACACCAAAAUGGUUUGUAACUAUCCUGUGUCAAUUGGAAGCAUGGUAAUAAGAUUCAUUCAGCCCUUCAAGAGAGACUUAGUAGAGCAUUGUUUUUAUAUUCAUGCAUAUGCAUGCUUUUUUAGAAAUUGAACUAUCAAGGCCAAGGUAUUUCAGAUAUAUGAAAAGCUCUAGUUGGUGGGACAGCCUUGAUGCCAGAUUCCUCUCUGAUGCUUUGCUUUGUGCAGCAAAGGUGACACACUCCAUUUCACAAAGCAGUGAAUCAAGGGCAGUAUGCUUCAACCAGCUGUCUCAUCUCAAAAUGGCUUCUGUGCAUGCACAGUCAAGAUGAGCUGGUCGACUCCUUAAAAGAGAGAAGCUGUUUUGCUUCACGGCUAUUCUUCAAGUACUGAUUUCUUCCAUGCUUCACAGAAGCAAAGCACCCCUUUGGAGCUCCACUCACUCCUGACUUUCAGUCUGAAAUCUUAUAAAGCCACUUCUACUGAACACACCAAUUGUCUGACUCUGUAUAAGCCUUAGUUAGAGGUAGCCUUUUUUUUUUUUUUGCUUUAUUUCUAUAACUACUUUUGAAACUUCCAUGGUUAAGAAAAUUAAGAACAGAAUCUAAUGCACACAUAUGGGAGAAAGCUCCCUGAAUGUGCUGUAAUUUACUUCUGAUAUCUACAUUGAGAUGGUAGAUUUAACAUUUGGUUUAACAUUUGGAUGGUAGGUUUAACAUUUAACCAUUGAUAUGGUAGGUUUAACACUUAAAGAGUGAAAAUGAGAUUAAGAUUGGAAAAUGCAAAUUUUUCCAUGUCCUGAAAGUUAUGUUUUGUUUAAUGAGCACCAGAAAUAAGGUGAGAUUGUUUGCAGUAAUGAGGUAUGAAUAGAUUAUGAAAUACAUAGUGUUUGGAAUUUGAAUUUGAGGGAGUUAUAAUGCUUAGUUCAUGUAAAUUUUGCACAUAUAUUAUGUAUAAUCCAAGGGGUUUUUUUUCUUAUUGAGAGUUGAUUUGACACAGAAACUAUGAAGUCAAUCAAUUCAGUCAUAUUGUUUCCCUACUUCUUCUGGAAAUUGUAUGAAUGUUGUCUUACAUAAAAAUAUUACUUUUGCAAACAGCAUGCAUUAACAUUCCUAAAUAUAUAGCAUUUUUCUUUUGCAGGUUUAUUAGAUAUCAUUAAUACAUGCUCCAAUUCAGAAAGUGGACAUAGGUUCAGCUUUCUUCAUAUGCAUGUAUAUUAGUCCAUAACUGGGCCACAUCCUCAUCUAGGUGGUGAAAUUCAUCUAGACAAUGCUAGCAUAUGAAGGGAUACACAGCUCUAUUCACCUCCAUCUCCUCCAAAUAUUAUAUAUAUUUAAUUCUCCACCUGACUUCAGCUAGAAAUCAAUGAGUUUGCUUAUGUUGCUUUAUAAUUAUCUAGUCAACUCGCUGAGGAAACAGCUGCAUUUGUAGAGAAAUCUAGUUUGUAUAAAAUAUGUUCAUCUAGUGGCCAAGAGUUCUUGGUAAACAGAAAAAUAUGGAUGAGAGAGAACAAACUGAAAUUAAAUCCAAGGAAGACAGAAGUGUUGCAAGAGAUGACUGGACUUGACGACUGACAUCAGUUCUCCACCCUUUGGUUACAUCCUGCACUGUUACCAGAAUAUGGAAUAUAGUCUUUUUGCACAUGUUCCUGGCCCUCUCUCUCUUUAAAUUUAGAAAUUUAAAGACACAUCUCUUUUGUCAGAUUUUAAAUUGUUGAUUAUUUUAAUGCUAUCUUUAACUCAUGUUUUUAACUUUUGGCUAUCCUUUUUUAAAUUUAAAUUUUGAUAGCCAACAUGUAUUACCAUUCAUUCAUUCAUUCUUAAUAUUUCCAUACUGCUGUACUCCAGGAACAUGCCAAGGACAGGAAAUCAUUUCCACCCAGUUCAAAUGCUUCCAAGACUAAACACAAAUAAAAGGAAAAUGAAGUAAAUUUAUUGGUACAUAAAAUCUUUCCUGAGGCAAGGGAGACCUGAGUUCAGCCCUGGGUUAAUCAUUAAGCAAAAUAAGCAUGUGUUUAGGGCACCAAGGUAAGGGGACACUGCAGAGUUUUUUGUCCUAGCUUUCGCUGCCACACUCAACUUUAGUCGAAUUGUCCUUAUCUGCCAUGUUCUACUUUAACCUGCAUUGUCAAAAAAAGUUUUCUUUGCAUGGUGAGUGACUAAAUUUUAAAAGUUUCAUUUGAAGGUGUGCCAGAUAUCACAUCUGUUUCCAUCUCAUGGUGUGAGAGUUUUGCUUCUGUCAAGGGGCACCAUUGUUGGGCUGUGCUUAGGCAUCAGUUGACUUUAAACCAGCUCGGCCUGAAUUAUUUGCUAAAGGGGGUUGUGUGGGCAUUCUAUUCCAUUCUGGAGCCCAUGGGUGAGUCUCAGUGCCUCAAACAUUUGACUGGGAUUUUAUAAUUCUAAACCUACUAAGAUUACCUGAUCCAACAUGAUCCUUCUAGCUUACAAUCACUAUUCACAAGACAUGAUUAUCUGCCUUACACAGAUAAAUGUUGUAGUGACCAUUCAUUUUUUGUGCCAAUGGUUGAAAAAUCUGCUCUCAAUCAUCCCAGAAUCUACUAUUUCCCUUUCCCAAAGAUGGGAUUUACAUUCCCUAAAUGGCACAUUCAAGACCACUACCUGAUUUCUGUGUUGUAUGACUCUGUGUAUGCUACAGAGAGGCAUACUCAGAAACAGCAGAAGACUAAAAGCAACGUAACAGUAGUAAGCAGUACACAUUAUAAUGACACUGACCAACAAGGGUAGACACCAAAAAUCAUCUAAUAUCCCAGGUUGUUCUCUCCCAGUAAAGUUUCUACCUCUUAAC